CCUCCUGGAUUGCACAGAUUCAAUGUUUAUCUCAUGAUCUCAGAUUUAUGAGAGGGAUAGCACGGAUGCAAUGUACAGUGUCCGUGUAGAUUUUUAUGUACCUGGACAGGUACAAUACCCGAAACCCCUACAAACUCAAUGCGAGUGCGGGAACCAGCAGACCUUAUUCCGUUUAAACUUGCGGGUCCCAGCUGAGCUCGUUACCGGGCAACCCAGAAACACCCCUCUGUUUUCCUACGAUGGUUUUGCCAAGCCCCAUAGAUUGCAACCUGCUCCAAUUACUGCCCCGAGCUCCCUCUACUGAACCGCACUUUCGCUCACAAUAUCCCAAUCAUAAUCGACAGAUCUGACCUGAUGUGCUGGCAAUCCCCAUACUUUGCCUGCCUUUCCCCUACAACCUGCAAGUCCCCAAAUUCCUGACCCUGACCUCUUGCUUGCUUAGCAGCUUAACAGCCGUAAUAAUCAUAAUAAUUCAACGUAUUAUCGAACGGCAUUGUUGAUCCAUCCGUCGGGACGUACCCACGAGUACACUACAUACUAUUCGUACCACACCGCCUCAGAUGAUAUCGUCUUCUUCAACUGCGUAUUUACUCCAUCGCCUUGCAGCAACCACCGAAAGCGCUGUAAGGGAUUUAGAGUAAGAAUCGAAUUCCCCUAAGCCGAUCCGACUUACACAAACUCAAUCGCCGCAUAUUCCAAACUGGCGAAUCGCCGACUACUUACAUUGCGAAUAUCGGCACAAUGGGGUCAGCACCACCGUUACCCACGCGGUUUCCGUGCUGGUGCAGAGCCGUUUAUUCUUGGGGAGGAGAAUCACAACACGAUCUCGGAUUCAUUGAGGGGGAUUUAAUAGAAUGUCUCAAUGCAGGAGACGGAUCAUGGUGGACGGGAAGAUUACGGCGAAACAAGACCGUCGGUGUAUUUCCGUCCAACUUCGUCGAGGUAUUACCCGAGGAUUUUCGACCGGUUACGCGGUCAGCGAGUCCGUUGACUUCGAGUCAUUCCCCGAGUCCUACAAACACGCCGCACAAGUCCAAGUCGCGAAACUUCCGCAAACCUUUCGAGGCCUACGCGAAGGCACCUCACUACACAACAGCAAAACAACCCGAAAUAAUAAGACACACAUCCAACACACCGCCGAGAAAGAAUUCGGCUAGCUCGUUCAGAAACGAUGCGCGUCGCGGUAUUGACCGCGGCCCAUCGCCGUCUGAGGCUCGGGGCCACGGAUCAAGAGCCCCGUCGCCGGCGCCUCCUCCGCCGGUGAACACUUAUGCCCCUAGAGGCGCGUCUCCUAUACCUCCAAUGCACUCGCAAUCACAUUCAUAUUCGCAUUCACACUCAUAUUCGCAAUCACAAUCGCGCCCGCAUUCCAGAGGCCCUUCGCCAGUUCCUCCCCAACCCUAUGACUACAGCCGAGGCCCGUCGCCAGUCCCGCCUCCAGUUCAAAACUACGGCUCAAGGGCUCCAUCGCCGGCUCCUUCAUUUUCUUUCAAGCCGUAUCGGCCCGGAGCAGAGCGCGACUCACCACCACCUCCGGCCCCGCCGCCUCAUCGCCACGUUAUUACGCGAGGGAACUCAAACGCGUCGCACAUGUCCCAUGCAUCUUUUGAAACGCGACGGCAGGAAGGAUAUCAUACACCGAGGGUACCUUCACCACUACCCCAAUCCCCAGCUGGCGACGGAUAUACCCCCUCGCCGCUGCGGGAGGCGAUGGACGGCGUAAUAGAACAAUUGGACGCGUUAGGCAUGUCGCGCGAUCGCUCGACCGAAUCCCCAGAACCGCCCUUGGAUCCGUGGUCGCCGGAGUCUUUCGACAUGGUCCACCACCGAUCGAAGAAAAGAGCGCAAACUAGACCUCUAGCCCCUAGAAGCAUGCCUUUUGAAGAUUCGGGGUAUGGCGGCUCCUUCAACGGUGGCUCGUCGCAAGAGAGCACGUUUCAUGGCAGCGUCCCGCAAGAACAUCCGCUACCGCAGCUGAACAGUUACGUGGAGAGAAUGGAGAAUCGCUUCCGAAAAAUGCAACAUCAGGGCUCAAAGAGCAUGGACAAUGAUGACAUGGGCCCCCCGCCGCCGCCACCACCCAAAAAUCCUAUAUACAGUCGGCCGAAGUCCUCGAUGGGUGAUCGCGACGAGGGAGGAGUACGCAAAUUCCUGAGAAAGCAGAAAUCGUCUUAUGAAGUCGGUCUGCUGGAUAGGACAGGUACGAACAAGACGAAUUCAACGAAUGCUUCGUCCGGUAAUAGGAGUACCGCGACGAACAGCACUCAGCGAAGUCUGAUGAGUGGCGUCUCGGCGGGCGGAAUCAGUGCUACGAGCGCUGGUAGCCUGGCGAGAAAGAACCUGCGAGCGCGGAGUGCUUUAGGAUUCCGGGACGAAGACGACGAGGGUUGGGAUCCGAAUCGGCCGACCACGCCGUUUACAGGAGUAUCCUAUCAUCCGAGUCACUCCACGUCUGCGAUGAGACCCCAGUCACAGGCUGGUUUUAAUGAUGACGGAAUCGCAUCCGUAGGAGGUCUCGUGCAACCCGGAGCCACGAAACCUAAGAAGCAGAAUUUCAUUAAGAGGAUUCUAGAGGCGACGAAGACCGGAGUUGCUAGCGGUCGCAGUAGUAUUGCGACCGGUUCGGGGUCUGCGCAGCCUUCGCCGACUAGGCGGUCCAUAGUACCUAACGGGAUCACGUCCUUGACAGGGGGUAUUAGCAGCACGAACCUGAUACGAGAUGCGGCGACCGAUAUGGGACUUACAAAUGGGGUGGACUGGGUGCAGGUACGAAGGGAUGUGAACCGUUCAAAUACAUUGAGCAAGAAUGAGCGAUCCGAGCGACGUGACCGCUGUCUUAUGCUGGAUUAUCCGGCAAUAGAUCCCGUCGAUGAGCUCUAUGAAAGCGUCGAGGGUGACGAGGGUGCCGAUUCCAUGCCAGUCCGCGAGCCGAUCAACUACCAAGUCAUAAACCUAAGCCAAGUAGACAAAAACUCCCGCUUCAUCAGUAGUCUACCGCCAAUGACGACUGCUGUUACUCUAGCAACAACUUACGUCUGCAGACCUUAUAAAAGCGAAGUCCAGCGCCUUCGAGCAAUAUUCACAUGGGUCGCGGAAAAGGUUAAUUGGGAGGAAGAUUUCGAUGGCGAUAUAGAUACGCGACGGGUGAUCUCGACUAAGCGAGCCUGCUCUGAAGAAUACGCCGUUCUCGUCCAUGAGAUGUGCGCCGCGAUCGGUAUACCCUCCGAAGUUGUCCGCGGCUAUCUCAAGACUCCCGGUGAGGUUCCCGAAACUGGCAUGAUGCCUCGAUCGAACCAUUGGUGGAACGCCGUCAUAAUCGACAAUGAGUGGCGCAUGAUAGAUUGCUGUCUCGCAAGCCCGUCAAAUCCUCGCCGCGGACUAUACUCAGGCGCCAGCAGUGCUACCGCGGAAUUUUGGUAUUUCCUCACUCGACCUACCGAGCUCUGCUGGACACAUAUCCCCGAGCAUCACAGCCAGCAACACAUCUGUCCGCCAGUUGCUCAUGAGACGCUGCUCAACUUACCUGGUGCUUGUCCUCCGUUCUUUAAGCAAUCCAUUGCCAUGGUCGACUACAAUACUUCCCUAACUCGCAUCGAAGACCUCGAGAUGGUACAUAUCAAGUUCAACGUACCCCCUGAUAUCGAGGUAGCAGCCGAGGUCGAAGUGCGAGGGUUCACACGCGAUGCAGAUGGCGACCUCUUCGAAAGCGGAGAGGUAGUGAAGAAACGCGCGCUCGCGCAAGCAGACUGGUACAAUGGCGGAAAGCGGUACACGGUGAAAGCGCUCCUCCCGGGAGAUGAGGGCAGCGGUGUUCUGAAGGUCUACGCGGGCAAGCGGGGGCUUAUGCAUAGCAUCAAGGAUAUCCCGCACCCCCUCGCGUUCGCGCUGCCGAUUAUGCACACAGGCGAAAACCCGCCCUACGAGUUCGUCACCCGUCACCCGACGCCGCACGCGCAACGCCACGACAUAUACGUCGUGCAGCCCCAGUGCCAACGCCUCGCGCUGAACAACACGUUCGUGUUCGCCAUCCGCCAGCACCCAUCCAGCCUCUCGGGCGGUGGACCGGGCAGUAACCCGGGAGGCGCGAGCCCGACGCCGUUCGCGCGGCCGGGCAGCGCUAUGAGCAUGUCAAGCAGCGCGGCGGCGUCGUCGAACCCGAGCUCGGCGACGGGCAGCAUCGCGGGCAAGAAGCCGGCCAAGCUGGCGAUCCAGACGCCCGGGGGCAAGAUCCUCAGGCUCAUGCGCAAGGAGGACCGCAGCGGCCGAGGCGGCAUCGGGGUCGGCGGGCGCGCGCCGGCCGAGGAGGAGGCUAGCGACGGCGGCACGUGGGAGACCAUCAUCAAGUGUUCGGAGCGCGGGGUCUGGCGCGGCCUGGUGCUCGCGGACCGCACGGCUAGAUGGUGCGUCUUUGCGGAGUGGGUUUGCAUCUAGAAACUCUUUUUCGGGUUCCGCCCCAAACUCCGCCCCAACUUUUGGACUCGAAGACUGUUCCCCCAACUUUUCUACAGCAUGCUCCAAUCCCCAAUCCCCCAAGCCUCCCUAAACUAGUGAGAGGGGGAGGGUUCCACAUACGUGGGCGGCGGGUGCGUCGCGGCGCUAUGUACGAGGGUACAUGUACGAUCCAGGAUUCUACAUACGUUGAUACAUAUUCGAUGGAGACCCCGGGCGUUGGAACUCGGGGAGACUAUGGGGACAACCUACUAGUACCUCACAGCGCAUACCGACGCGCCGGUGGAAUAGUCGGCCGAACCGGAUGAUGGUGGUAUAUUACUCUUUUUUUCUUGCUCUUUCGUCUCUCUGCAUCUACUCGGCGUUUAUGGAUGAGAUAACGUUCCAGGAAAGGAAACGUUGGAUUCAUAACUUUUUCAUUUCUGACGGCCGGAAAGGAGAAAGAUGUUCGAUUACCUUGGUUCUUUGUUUCGCACCGAGAGGCGUUUUGAGCUUGGCAUGGAAUGAGAUAGGACGUGGAUGCUAUCAUCAGUACCAACCAACUGGUGCGAUGUUGAUGUUGUCAGAUUCAAAUGUACGUGUAAUAGGAAUUGAGGAAUUGAAAUGCUAGCUAUGCUUUACGCAUGGCACUAUACAUGAAGA